CGCAGAAGAACAACGGUAGAGUGUGGUGUGCCGUCGUCGUUGUUUUCUUUUGAGAAUAAAAGUACAUAGUGUAAAAAUAAGAAUAAUAAUAAAAAACAGAAAAAUCCCUUUGAAAGUGCAAAGAUUUUUUGAUAAUAUCAUCAUCCGUGUGACCACUAUAUAAACGUUGUUGCAAUUGCGUUUAAUGUAAUUAAUUAGUUUAGCCACUCAGCCGGACGGACAAACUGAGGCAUAUCACAAUUGUACAAGUGCCGUGCCGCCCCGCCAAUAUCAUCAAUUUGAUUAAUUGAAAUUGAUUUAAUUUCACAUUUUCGCGCACACUUUGAUUAAGCAAAAUGGAUUAAGUUACGCCGCCACCGCCAACAACAGACAUUUAAAUAGUCGUGCGAAUUUUCCAAUUAAAAAAAAUAGUAAUACGCGUAAAUGUAAUAAUUGCAAUUAACAGAAAACUAUAAACAAACAAUUAAAAUACACACACAUACAUACAUAUCUAUAAACAAAGUUCCUAGAAAAAAAUCAAGUUAAAAUCAAAAACAAAUUUCAACAAUGGAGCACACGGCUUUUGAGGAUCAAAUAUUUAGUGAAUUUUCGGGACCCUUAAGUCCUUUGGAUGGUAAACCCCUGACACCAACAUCCGUGGCCCAUGGCAUGCAUUCGGUAAUGUUAAGUUUGCCACCGGGAGCCACUGUUAUGCAGCAUCCCGGAUCCGCCGACAUGUGCUCCCAACGUUUGCCCGACUGUCAAACGCUGUUGUCCUCAACCUCACCCAAAAUGGAUCCCUAUAAAUCUUCAACUCCCGAUUACGACAAUAAAAUGGAAUAUGUCACAAAAAUGGGUUGUUAUUCUCCCACGCAGAAAUAUGAAUACUUGACCACCGCCAAUGGUGGUGGGUCGGCCCACAAAUUGGACCACCAUCAUCAGCAAUACUCCUCAACGCCGCCACCAACACAACCCGGUAAUCAUACGCCAAAUGGUUUGGCUCAUCAGCAGCACAAGUCAAUGGCCCACCAUCAAACCCAUCCCCAUCAUCAUCAGCAGCAGCACCAACAAAUUCAUCAUUCCCCCAAUGCCAUGUUGGACUAUGUCCAUCAUCACCAUCAACAACAGCACCAACUUCACAAUGCCAAUGGAAAAAUGGAUUAUGAUCCCCAUGGACAUCAACAGCAGCAGCAGCAACAACAUCCUCAUCAUCAACAAACUCACCCCCAUCACAUCUAUGCCACCAGCAGUCCCCAUCACAAUCACCAUGAAAUUAUUAAUGCCAAUGAACAUAAUAUGUCGCCAUUAACCGCUAAUGGCUUAAUCGGCAACUCGUCGGCUGUGUCCGCCUCAUUGGGGGCCAAUCCAAAUACCGACGGGAGCCUCCUCCAGCAAACGACCAUGCAACCAGCAACGCCUAAUAAUGUGCUAACUGGCCCAGUACCGCAACAAACCAAUGGUGGUCUUAACCCACAACAGCAGCAGCAACAACAACAGCAGCAGUCACCAACUGGUUUAACAAAUGGUCUGAAACUUAAUAAAGGUAAACAUGAUGAGAUGUGCUCCCCACCAAAUCCAGACGCCAGUCAAAAUAAUGGCUCAACAUCAUCGUCAUCCAUGGCCAAUAGUAAUACACCACCUGCUGUCAAAAAGAAUGACAAAAAGAAAGGAGAUCCCAAUGGGAUAAAAAAGAAGAAAACGAGAACUACAUUUACCGCCUAUCAAUUAGAAGAACUGGAAAGGGCAUUUGAACGUGCCCCAUACCCCGAUGUUUUUGCUCGCGAAGAAUUGGCUAUUAAAUUGAAUUUAAGCGAAUCACGGGUACAGGUUUGGUUUCAAAAUCGCCGUGCCAAAUGGCGUAAACACGAGCCGCCACGUAAGACGGGCUACAUUAAGACCAGUACACCGCCCACAUCGACGCUGAAUACGACGCUGGCGGCACCGUUCGCCACAUUUCCCCAGACAACGACAGUGACGCCGCCCGGCAGCAUGGACAGCUGGACAAGUUAUCAACCACCCUAUGAGCUAAGCCCACAAUUUAGUUUACUUUCACCGGCCGCAAGUCCUUAUGGCACCUAUACCAGUCAAUAUGGUACCUAUGUCCAUGAAUCGCAAAUAUUUCCAAUGCGUCAUUUUGAAUAUGGUAGUCCGCCAAGGGUGGAGAUGGGUGGUGGAGGUGGUGGCUCGGUUCUGGCUGGUCCCACUCAGCCGGAAGAUGUACAAAAACUACAUAAUCAUGAUGCCACGGGCUACAUGACACAGCCGGGAAUGAUGGCUGAAGAUGUGACUACAGCCACCCAUUUAUCUGAUGGUACCACCACCACCACCGUACAUUUGGUCCAUCAACAAAACGGUGGGGGUUCUAAAUAUCUUGGCAGUGAUGAAACGAAAUAUUUAAAUGUUGGAUCCGGUAAUGGUCUGGAUCAGCAGAAUGGUACCAUAUGUCAUAUCACAUCACACGAUCCGCAGCAGCAGCAGCAGUCGUCGCAACAAGCUUCACAUUUAAAUGUGGGCACAUCAGCUGGGCCAAAUGCCGAUGACGCCAAUGAUGGUGGUGGCCUGCAAACCGUAAUAAAAAGCGAGGAAGCCAACGCUGCCCAUCAGCAUCAGUCGCAGCAGAAUGGCGCCGUUUCGCAUACCUAUGUUUUGCCCCCUUUUUUGCAUUAAAAGAAAUGCUUGCACACCAGCAUAAACAUCCGUCGGCCACAAUUUUGCAGAAUCGUCAAGCCCAGCAGGUCCAAAAGCGUUGGCUUUUACGUAGACAACAGCAGCAGCGGCAGCAGCAAGAACAAAGGGAAAGAUUACUAAAAUGUCGAACAUUUUGCCGACCCUUAUGAAAGGCAGGCAAAUUGUUGAUAGACCCUAUCAGGUACUACUAUAUUGGCAAUUCAUUAUAUUGAAGGUAUUUUCCGAGAACUUCCAAGGUAUUUUUAUACCCUCCACCGUACAUAGUAUGAAGGGUAUAUUAAGUUCGUCAUUCCGUUUGUAACUCAUCGAAAUAAUAAUUUUAAACCCAACAAACUUGAUUCUUGAUCACCCUAAAAUUCUGAGACGAUUUCUCCCGAUAUUCGGUAUUUUGAUGAUUUUAGUCACAUUUUUCAAUGGAAUUGUCUGAAAAUCCACACAAUCAGUUCCCUCAGAGUAGAGUAGUUCUGGCCGAGAAUUGUCUAUAUAGGUCUACGUUUUAGCAUAGCACCCAUAUAACGCUACUCCAAGAUAUUCGGUAUUUGAAGGAUUUUCACGACAUUAUUCCCCCAGAAUUGUGUUAAAUUUCGUAUUUGAAGUUCGUAAUGGGUGCUACAACCAUUGACGGAAAAUUGUCUAUGCUGGUCCACGUCUUCGUAUAGCUCCUAUAUAACGGCAUCUCGCUUUAUUCGGUAUUCGGAUGAUAUUAGCGACAUUAUUCACCGAAUUUUUUUUCAAAUUUGGUAUUUGAAGUUCGUAUUAGAUACUACAGCCUCUGACAGAAAAUUGUCUGUGCAGGUCCACGUUUUCGUAUAGCACCCAUAUAACGCUACCCCAAGAUAUUCGGUAUUUCCAGGAUUUUUGCGACAUUAUUCUCCAGAAUUGUCUCAAAUUUCGUAUUUGAAGUUCGUAAUGGGUACGACAAGCUAUGACGGAAAAUUGUUUAUGCAGGUCCACGUCUUAUUGUAGCUUCCGAUUCACCGGUACAUUCCUUUAUUCGGUAUUUUGAUGAUAUUAGCGACAUUAUUCACCGGAAUUGUUUCGAAUUUCGUAUUUUAAAUUCGGCGUAUGACCGAUGAAAUUACUUAUCCAGCACCACGUCGUCGUAUAGCCCCCAUAUAAAGGUAUUCAUGUGAGCGGUAUUUUUCGACGGUUUUUUUUUUAAAUUUUCCAGUUCCUUCCGAAUGGUGGGGGUAUUAAAAGUUUAGCCCGGCUGAACUUAGCUGCAGUUAUUUACUUGUUGGAACUUCCAAGGUAUUUUGGAACUUGGCGAAAUUUUAGUUUAUGUCCAUGCUUUUCUCUACCCAAAAACCCACAAUUCUGCUUUUAUGAAACCCCCUCUCGGUGUAUGGAAGAAAUAACAUGCUCUGGUCUUUUUUCCCCUUGUUUGUAUGUAUUUGUGUGUCAAGCAUUUCUUUUGUUAUCUAUUUUUGUAAUUAGUUGUUAAGACUAUUUUUUUAAGUAAACCUAAGAGAAUUUAAAGAAAAAACAACAACAACAAAAUCCAAAGUCUUGUCCAAAGUUUAGCCAUAAGUAAUUGUUUGCCAUUUAAGUUGUAGAAUCUAUUCCAAAAAAAUGCAUUCCAAAUGUGCCUUAAAUCUUAGUUUUAAUGUUUUUUUUUCAAAGCCUAAAAGAGGUUUAUCAGAGUUUAGGAUAAUAAUUUAAAAUAGUUUACAAAAUUAAAAUUAGCAAUUACUUUAAAUACCAAACAUGUUCCAUAUAUAGCAGAUAAGUAAGUAGUAUAUAUAUAAAAAAAAAACAAAUCAAUUGUAAAUUACCCAAAAAAACAUGCAUUCCAAAUGUGCCUCCCUUUUUUCAAUUAUUUUAAAGUAUCAUUCAAUUAUAUUAAUAUCAAAAUAAUUAUUACAAUUUCUAUAAAAAAAAAGCACCUUGUAACAGAAGAAAAGAAACACUGUUGUGCUUUGUGACAAUAAAUAUUUAUUUAUAUUAGAUUAGAUUAAAAACCAAUGGAGGUCCAAGUUCACCCACUGUUGUCGUUUCGUUUCAUUUUUUUUUUUCAAUUUGUAUCUUUAAAAUCUUACAAUUAGGUGUACUUUAAAAACCAUUAAUAAUUGCUGUCUUAUUUAAAUUAAUGUUAUUUCUUUCCUUUUUUAGUUCUAGGCUAAUGUCAAUAAAUAUAUAUUUUUUUAAUUUAAAA